AUGGACUGGCUUCAAGAUAAUGAUAUUCUCGAUGUCGAUACAUCGGGACAUGUGUUCAAAUACCAGGAAGGACCAACAACACUUGUGCGCCUGUCGCCAGUGCAUACGACUCCUUUGGUAUGGCACAUGCACAAUAAGUGCGACUGGGAUGACUGGUUUGAGACGGAGCAUCCGGGGCUAAAGGGGUCCUCCUCUGCCCCCGGGCUAGUAUUGGUUCUGGCUAAACGCGCUGGGGAAAUGACCUUUCCAAAAAUCAAGAGAGCUAGUUCCGGUGUCUGGCUAGAAAAAUUAGACCAGGCACCGAGUAGCCCCACAGAAAAGUCCCUGGUAAUGUCGGAUCCGAGUAAGAGUGGCCGCAGAACCAUGCAGAUUCUUCCCUUUUCAAAGCAGCUGUUUGGCAAGAUCGCGCGUGAAUUCUAUAUCCACAGUUCGAUGGCGCGAACGGUAAGCCGGGCUGAUGUCUCCUCAUUCUCGGCUGCUGAUCUCGUCAUCAAAGAUCAGAAUGGAAGCGCAUUCCCAGCAUUUGUUGAAGAAAGCAUCGAUGAGCUCGAGACGCGAAUACUUGAGUUGAGCUCAUUCUCUGAACAAGUGGAAUCCCUAUCAGCCCAAGAGCAGCUGGCGCGAAAUGAAGCGAAGAGAUCAGCAUGGCUAGACACAACGUAUCUACGCAAUCACCUCAUUACAUGGGUGGCACAGCUCGAAAAGCUGUCACGCUGUCUAGACGAGCUGAGUGAACACGGUUCCCGGCGUAAUACAGCGGAACGGAUCAACAUCGGUGGUAAUAUAGUGCUCAUCGAGUCACUGGGUCUAGAAGACCGACCGUUAUCGAGGCUCACACUGUCUGAGAAAGCCUUCGGCUCGUUGAAAAGAACUCUAUUUGAUACACUGCCGGAGAAGGGGAUUAAGGGGACACAACUACAGACACACUGCUCUACAGAUCUCUCAGGUGUGACCAAAGACACGCUGUUGGAGAACAGGAUCAAAGGAACAGAACUACAGACACACAGCUCUCCAGAUAAGAGCCCCAACAUACCCGAAGACACACUGUUGGAGAAGGAGAUCAAAGGGACACAGAUACAGGCACACUGCUCUACAGAUCUCUCAGAUAAGAGCCCCGACGUGCCCGAAGACACGCCGUUGGAUCAUAAGGUUGUCACCACGGACUCCAACACAGACCUAGCUCAAGAGCAGAUGAAACGGAUCGGAAAGAAAAUCAAGGCUCGCGUGCUAGAUGUUAUUGAUGAGUACAAUGACAAAAUCCGAGACUGUACUAUGAGGGUCGAUGGCAUGGCCAUGUCGACGCAAUGGGCACAAGGUGAAACUAGCGUUGAGAUUGCGACCGCCACUGGCCGAGAUUCUCGACAUAUGAGGUCUAUUGCGCUUGUUACAAUGAUUUUCCUACCAGGCACAUUCUUCGCGAGCGUAUUCUCCAUGACCUUCUUUGACUGGAACGGCUCUGGAGACGGCAAUAUCGUAUCUGGGUAUUUGUGGAUCUACAUCGUCAUCGUUUUCAUCUUUACAGUGGUGACGCUGGGCUGCUGGUGGUACUUCGGCGUCCACCGUCGUUUACGACGACGCAAGGUUGAAUUCGCUUAA